GUUAUCUAACAGGUAGAGACUAGAGACGCGAGAGAGUCGGAGACAGUGGGAAUAAUGCAGAAGAGGGAACAGGGGAAAUUAGGCGGAGCUGGUGGUGGCUCCGCCACUCAAACACCGAAAAGAGGACGUCCUUUUGGAAGUGUGAACAAUAGCACUGGUCUUUCUUCAGCUACAGCUGAUUCUGUUGCACCUCAGUAUCUUCUUGGUCCUUCUCUUCAAAUUCAUAGCUCAUUUGCUGAACAAAACAACAAAAGAAUAGUCCUAGCACUUCAAAGUGGGUUGAAGAGUGAGUUGACAUGGGCGCUGAACACUCUCACUUUGCUUUCUUUCAAAGAGAAAGACGAAAUGCGACGAGAUGCCACUCCACUGGCUAAAAUUCCUGGGUUGCUUGAUGCUCUUCUUCAAGUUAUAGAUGACUGGCAUGACAUGGCUCUACCGAGAGAACUUCAAAGGGCACCUAGGGUCAGAACGUUGGGUACAAACACCCCAGUUUCAGGGUUUGGCAAUGAGUAUGAGGCGUUGGGCGUGAUUGAUGCUCCCUCACAUCCUGGAUCGGGUUCUGUUCCAUCCAAUCCUGAGGCAUCAAGCCAGAAGAGCAUGGUGAGCCGUCAUCCCUCAGAGUGGUGGUUCGAUGAAGAUGGCUUGUUUAAUCUGGAUGAGGAAGGUCGUUCAGAAAAACAACAAUGUGCUGUUGCUGCUUCAAAUGUGAUUCGUAACUUCUCUUUCAUGCCUGAUAAUGAGGUGAUUAUGGCCCAACAUAGGCAUUGCCUAGAAACAGUUUUUCAAUGCGUGGAAGAUCACAACACUGGGGAUGAAGAGCUCGUAACUAAUGCUCUUGAGACAAUUGUGAAUUUAGCACCAUUGUUGGACCUCCGCAUCUUCAGCUCCUCUAAGCCAUCCUAUAUCAAAAUUACCGAGAAACGCGCAGUUCAAGCCAUCAUGGGGAUCCUAUGCUCUUCUGUCAAGACGUGGAAUUGUGCAGCUGCUGAAUUGCUAGGCCGGUUGAUAAUAAACCCAGACAAUGAACCUUUCCUUCUUGCCUUUGCGCCACAGAUCUAUAAGCGCUUAGUCGAUCUUCUUAGCGUGCCUGCUAUAGAUGCACAGGCAGCAGCUGUUGGGGCUCUCUAUAACCUUUCUGAAGUUAACAUGGAUUGCAGGCUGAAGCUUGCAAGUGAGCGAUGGGCAGUUGAUCGACUUCUGAAAGUUAUCCGAACUCCUCAUCCUGUACAUGAAGUAUGCAGGAAAUCAGCACUGAUACUUGAGAGCCUUGUUGGAGAGCCACAAAAUAAAGCUCUCCUCCUAGCUUAUGAAAAUGCAUUUUCUGAAAUCCUCUUUUCUGAUAGCCGGCAGUCUGACACCUUCGCCAGGAUAUUGUUUGAGUUGACAUCUAAACCUAACAACAAAGUGGCAGCAGCUCAAGGUAUUUGGGGAAUGUAACAGAAGCAAUUGUAAUGGCACUUUUGAUAUUGCUGUCUUUGCAGCUAUUUGAUGCCAUUAAGAUGUUUUCCUGAAUUAAGUCAAGGCUGAUCAGGUGUAUUGUAUCAGUAUUUGAGAAUGGGUCUCCUGGUGCUGCAUAUUUUACUUGGGUUGGCUAGUGUUUUAAUGUAGUUUUGCCUUUUCAUUUCUGUAUUGCUGAUCAUAUGUUCGACGAGGUUGGGUUUCUUUGAAAUUUUAAUUUCAGUUGUCAA